UGGCUGGUCCUGCAGGUGAUGGGGUCGUGCGCCGCCAUCAGCUCCAUGGACAUGGAGCGCCCGAGCGACGGCAAGUGCCAGCCCGUCAAAAUCCCGAUGUGCAAGGACAUCGGCUACAACAUGACCCGCAUGCCCAACCUCAUGGGCCACGAGAACCAGCGCGAGGCCGCCAUCCAGCUGCACGAGUUCGCGCCGCUGGUGGAGUACGGCUGCCACGGCCACCUCCGCUUCUUCCUGUGCUCGCUGUACGCGCCCAUGUGCACCGAGCAGGUCUCCGCCCCCAUCCCCGCCUGCCGGGUCAUGUGCGAGCAAGCCCGGCUCAAGUGCUCCCCCAUCAUGGAGCAGUUCAACUUCAAGUGGCCCGACUCGCUGGACUGCCGGAAGCUGCCCAACAAGAACGACCCCAACUACCUGUGCAUGGAGGUGUGGCUGGCCGUGUGGGCCGCGCUCUGCUUCUUCUCCAGCGCCUUCACGGUGCUCACGUUCCUGGUGGACCCCGCGCGCUUCCGCUACCCCGAGCGCCCCAUCAUCUUCCUGUCCAUGUGCUACUGCGUGUACUCGCUGGGCUACCUCAUCCGCCUGUUCGCGGGCGCCGAGAGCAUCGCGUGCGACCGCGACGGCGGGCGGCUGUACGUCAUCCAGGAGGGCUUGGAGAGCACGGGCUGCACGCUGGUCUUCCUGGUGCUCUACUACUUCGGCAUGGCCAGCUCGCUCUGGUGGGUGGUCCUCACGCUCACCUGGUUCCUGGCGGCCGGCAAGAAGUGGGGCCACGAGGCCAUCGAGGCCAACAGCAGCUACUUCCACCUCGCGGCCUGGGCCAUCCCGGCCGUGAAGACCAUCCUCAUCCUGGUCAUGCGCCGCGUGGCGGGCGACGAGCUCACCGGCGUGUGCUACGUGGGUAGCAUGGACGGCAGCGCGCUCACCGGCUUCGUGCUGGUGCCGCUGGCCUGCUACCUGGUCGUCGGCACCUCCUUCCUGCUGUCGGGCUUCGUGGCGCUCUUCCACAUCCGCCGCGUGAUGAAGACGGGCGGGGAGAACACCGACAAGCUGGAGAGGCUGAUGGUGCGCAUCGGGGUGUUCUCGGUGCUCUACACGGUGCCGGCCACCUGCGUCAUCGCCUGCUACUUCUACGAGCGCCUCAACCUGGACUACUGGAAGGCGCUGGCGACGCAGCACCAGUGCCGGCUGAACAACCAGACCCGAGCCCCGGACUGCCUCAUGGCCACCUCCAUCCCCGCGGUGGAGAUCUUCCUGGUGAAGCUCUUCAUGCUCCUGGUGGUGGGGAUCACCAGCGGCAUGUGGAUCUGGACGUCCAAGACGCUGCAGUCCUGGCAGGACGUGUGCCGGCGCCGGCUGCGGCGGAAGAGCCGCAGGAAGCCGGCCAGCGUGCUCACCGCCGGCGGGGUUUACAAAAAAGCCCAGCACCCGCCGAAGGCGCACCACGGGAAGCGCGAGGUGCCCGCCCAGCCCCCCGCCUGCGUUUGA